AUGUCCAAGGAGAUCGAGCCACAAGUUCUGUCAAUACACGAUGUUGACGUCAACGCCAGUUCCGCUGUGCCUGAACCACCACAGGUGGCUCGCCAAUCCUUCGAGGGGCGGUCCCGUGGUGCCGGUACAGAGCUGCGGGAUGAUCCUGAGGCACGCGUUGCUUUCCUCGAAACUUUUACUGCUGAAGAGGAGAGGUCAAUCAUGCGCAAAGUUGAUUAUCGUUUUUGCGUUUUGAUUGGCAUGAUGUACAUGAUCAAAUCUAUUGACGUAAACAACAUGUCGAACGUUAAGGUGCUCCAGGUAGGCCAGCUAAGCAACAUCUUGAAGGAGCUGCAGAUGACUGCCGACCAGUACAACUGGUGUGGCUCAAUUAAUGGAAUCGCAUACAUUAUUUUCGAAGCGCCGAGCAACCUUUUGCUCAAGCGAUUCUCACCCCAUGUCUGGCAAGGCCGUAUUUUCCUCACUUGGGGUAUUAUCACGGCGUGCCACGCGGCUGUUGAAACGCAUAAUCAGCUCUGGGCACUGCGUUUUCUGCUCGGCAUGUUCGAGGCCGGCAUGUUUCCCGGUGUCAUGGCUCAACUAUCAAGCUGGUACCGUACCGACGAGAUUGCAAAACCAGUGGCGUGGUUCUUCGGUAUUUCAGGCUUAUCAUCCAUUGUGGGCUCUCUUCUCUGUUAUGGCAUCAGCUACAUGAAUGAGGUCCGUGGCAUAAGUGCCUGGAGAUGGGUCUACAUUAUUGAAGGCUGUGUCACGAUUUUGUUCUCGGCUAUUGUGUUUUUCCUUCUGCCAGACUAUCCAAAGUCCCCUCGCUCCCACAUAUGGCUCACGGAACGCGAGCGCGAGUUUAUCGAAGCACGACUGCCUGAAAAUGCGCCGUUGACGAGCGACCCGAAUUUUUCUCGCAAAGAGAUCCGCGCCACCUUGAAGUCACCUCUCAUUUGGUCCUUUACUCUUUCACAGACGCUGGUCAAUCUUGGCGGCUACUCGCUGACCUGGUAUCUUCCAACGAUCAUUACAAACCUGGGAUUUGCGGCCCUCCCCAAAAACCAACUGCUGAACAUCGUGCCUGCAUUUGUUGCUAUUCUCGGUCUUAUCUUCUCUGCCUGGUUUAUAGACCGCGCUUACAUUGUUCGCCCUGCAUACAUUAUGAUCAUCAUGUCGGGCAUGGUGGUUUGUUUUGUCCUCUUCUUUACAAUUUCGAAUCGAGUGGGCAUAUACAUUGCUUGUAUUCUGGGGAGCUUAUUCUAUCAGUCCUAUUUCAUUCCCUUUUGGGCUUGGCGAUCGGCAACCUUGGUCGGAACUACCGGCACUGCACUGACAUAUGGUCUUCAGUCAGGAAUAGCACAGCUUGGAGGAGUUGUUGGGCCACAGCUAUUUCAGAGCCGCUGGGCUUACAAUGGCUACAAGACCAGCUUCGCUAUAGCUGCUUCGUGCAUUAUUGCUGGUUGGCUUGCAAACAUUUGGACGUGGUACCUCACUCGCAAUACCGAGUAUGACGUCUUGCGUGUUCAGCGGAAGGCCAUCAAAUCUCGCAAGGAAGGACGAACCGUAUUUGACGAUGACAUCCGCGUCUAUCGUGAGCGCCAGUUCUACCAGGGAGUGCAUUUUCAAAAAGACGUCGAAACAAAGUCUUCGGACUCCGUUUAG